CUUUCAUGUCUCAAUAGUCGAAAAUAUUUUUUGGUUGGUCCCUAUCAAUUCUGUUUGGAGGAAUCGUCGUCUUCGCAACUUAUUUAUGGAACUCAGGACGCGUUGCUACUACAUUGGAGUCUGCGUUGUAUGGUGGAUUCCAUAGACUUUUAUGGUGCUUAAUGAUUUCAUGGAUAACGUACAUGUGCAUCAAUGAAAAUGGAGGGGUAGUUCAGUCCAUUUUGAGUUGGUAUGGUUUUGUUCCACUUGGACGUCUGACUUACAUGGCAUACUUACUUCAUCCAAUCAUUAUAAUACUGUGUUUUGGACGAUUUCGACAUUCUAUUGCUGCUGAUCAAAUGUUCUUGGCGUACGCAUUUAUAAGUUUUACUUUUGUCACCUAUUUCCUAAGUUUCAUCUUCUGCAUGAUUUGUGAAGCCCCAAUUACGGCAUUGCUGAGUGUUCUUAUAUCCUCUAAAGUUAGAAAGAAUGGUGUGAAUAGUAUAAAGAAAAGAAAAGAAAGCUUCUCAGUGUAAUAUAAUUAACAUGAUUGAAACACUUAUCUAUACAAAUAAAGUUCUUCGGAUUUGUUGGAAGACUGAAAGUUUACUUAUGUACUUUCUAAUUUUUGAAAGACUCAAGUAGUUCCAUACUUUGUGUAGAACAUAAAUAAUUAAAAAUUAUAUAGUUAUUUUA